UUUAGCAGGGUUGUUGAAAUCAAAUUUAGGGACUUUACUGACGGGACUCUGGGCUGGCUGCUCUGUUCACUCGUCAGCGCAAGUGGCGUGACCAUGUAAUUGGGGCACGGGGCCGGCGCGGCGCGCUGCGGGCUUGCAGAAUUUUGUUUGUUUGUUUGGCCGCGCGCUGGCGCAGCCACGGGCCGCAGUUACUGGGGCGCGCUGUCGUAACAAGCCGCGCGGUGUGGCCUGCACAUUGGGGUAGAGGGGGGGUAGUCUUCCCAGAUGUUCUAGUUAGUUGUUUAGUAAAUUUGACUUCAAUAACGAGCUUUUGUUAUGGUAGGCGCGGCAGGGCGCGCGAAUUUAAGCGCAAGUGAGUGGUGACUCGGGGCUCACUCAGGCGGAGGCUAUGCGUCUCACCUGUGGUCACGAGUUGUUAGUUCGUUCGUGAUGUAGGAAUUCAAGCUUUCGGGCGGAAGCUAUGGUCGACGCCAGAGGCCACGAGUCGUUUAAUUUAAGUUAGGUCAUAAUGUAGUCGUCAAGCUUUCGGGCGGAGGCUAUGGCCCUCGUCAGGGGUCACGCGUCAUAGUUUUUAAAAUGUAAUGUUCGUUCGGGAUUUCAAGGGCAGGAGAGGCCCCUACGUUAUUUUUUUAAAGUAAUCGAUCAAGAAAGGCUUUUCGGAAAAUGUGAGUAUGGACUUAUCUUUGUUUUAAUUUUAAGUAUUAAUUAUGAUUUGAGGUAUUCGGAAGGACUAGGGAAGUGUUUAGUGAAGUUCUCUCAUUCUCUCUCUUGUAAGGUCGUUCAAUCGUUAAGGAAGUAAAGAGAUUAUUGUUUUAAAUUGUAAUCCCGCUAUUUAAAUGUUCUUUAAAAUGAUGUUGAGUAUUUGACUUUAAGAAUAAAAUAAUUUUAAUUAAGUAUUAUGUUAUUUUGCAAAAUCUCCUUAGUUCAGCUCUCACCAGACAUCCUGUACGGGAUGACGAACCUAUGAUCCUAGGUACAGUAAAGUAUUUUAUGAAGUUAAGACUAGUUGAUGCCAAGCGAGUUGUUUCUAUGUAAAGAGCUACGAUUCUCUCCCCCCUCCGAAAGUGGCACGUGACAGAAAUGGCGGUGGCACCGGCUAGGUGCACGUGACAGAAAUGGUAGAGUUCGCCGGAUAGGUUCUAUUUCUGGAGAGAGAGAGAGGUAGAUUUUUAUGUUUAUUAUUAAGUUAGUUUCAGCUUCUGAUAGCAGGUUACUAAGAGUUUACUUGAGGAGAGGAUUACGGAAUUUUAGUCUAUAGUGGAGGAAGUCUUUGAGAUUUUUUUUUUGACGUAACAGAUGUUUAUUUGAGGAUACUUGUAAGGAUAAAGUUUAUAGUGAUAAGUUGUUUUAAGUCGUUGAAUUUAUUGUAGAUUUAUAUCGGGGAUUAUUACGUGAGGAGAAUACGUUAUAAGUUAAAUGCUUAUUAGAGAUAAUGCAAGUGGUUUAAUUUAAUUGAAGUUCAUUUUAAGAUUGUAGGUUAAGAGAAUUAUAAUUUAAAAUAAAGUUUUUUGUCGUAAAUAGGAAUUAUUUUCAAGAGAAGUUUGUUUUGUUUUCGUGCGCGUAGGAGACGAGACGUACGAAUUAAAUCAGUCGAGGGAAGGAUAAACGUUAGAAAGGAAUUAAAGAGAAAACGAGAGUUUAUGUAAAAGAGAGUUAUAGAAUUUAUAGUGAUGUUUUGUUUUAAUUAGAAAAAUGUUGAGAGUUGUUUCAGAACGACACGUCAGUGGACGUGGCAGAGUGAACACGUGACGGGGAGGUGCUGAGACCUAGCGGAGAACGGAGGAACCGCAAGCGAGGGUUGGCGCACCUGAUGGAAUUCGGUGACGUCACGGGCUCAUACGGAGACGUGGACGGCCGUGACCUUGUUUUGAUCAGCUGUACGGUAACUUAGCGAUAAGAAAAUAGACUAUUGGUUAAAUAAAUUUAAAUUUAAGUGUGUUUUAGAAGAAGAGGAACUUUCAGUAUGUAAGUAAUUUAUUUUAAGAAGUGUAUGAUGUAUAGGCUAGAAGUGUUUCGUUGUAAGUUGUUUAUGUUUUUGUUAGUUAAAUUCUACCUCGGUUUUAAAAAUAUUUUUUUGGGAUUUGUAAACAUUAUUAAGGAGGUACACUAUAAAAUCGAUAAGCAUUGAGAAAACUGGGAAGGCUAGAUUUUGUGUGUAGAGGGAAUUUACUCCAAAAGAACAGAGAGACAAAAUUAAUGUUUUCAUUAGGGCGAGGGACCCUAAGGUGAGGCGUUGUGUCCCUGGGAAGAAAGGGAAUUGUAGCGCAGACCAUAGGAGAUGGGCUGACUACGGAAUUAAGGGUCAGGAGAAUCCUGAGAGUUGUGAGUAGUUUGGGGCAGGAGUUCCCCAUGGUAGUACCGAAGUGGCUAUCCUGUAUGGGAUAGGGUACCAUUUCAAUGAAGUUUGUUGGUGGGGUUAGAGCCCCCUGUGUAGUGGGCCUAUAGCAGAUAGGCACUACAGUGAAAUUUUUGGUUAUUUUGUGAGGUAAAUUCCCUGGAGGUUAAGUAAGAUUGGAUUCAGUUAGGAAGGAGGGAAAUGAGAAACAUUGCUGUAGAGAGUUAGUGUACUUGCCUAAUGUGAAAUUGAAUUUUAAUAAAUUAAUUAAUGAGAAAGUUUUUUCUGGUCAAAUAAUAAUGGAAGGGAAUUAAUUAAUUUUUUUGAGUAAGGUGUUUUAAGUAAUGAAAUAAAAUAAGGUGAAGUAAUUUGAAUAAUUGGGGAGGAGUUUCUUUAAGAGUUUAGAUAAUUGUUUUUGAAUUUAUUGAGAUAUUCAGCCAGUGAAGUUUGAGUGUGAGAGAUACAGUGAGAUUUUAAGGAAAUCGGUUGUUUAUUAAUUAGGACAAAUGAGAUUUUAUGAUUAAGAGUCAGUAAGCAUAGUUAAAAUUUACGACAUGAUAUUUGUUGAUAGUUUACAGUUAUUAAGGAGAAAACAGAGUAAUCUAUUUAUUUUUAUUUUAAUGGUUUGAAGAUAAGAUUAUGAAUUUUUUUUUGGAAGUUUCUUUGGCAUGUUGGAAUAAUUUUUUUUGAUUUUUAGAAUUUACAGAGAAAAUUUAAUUGAUUUACAUUAGUUUGGAAGUAUGGAGGUUUAGUGUUCGAUUAGCCCUAACUUGAUGGUCGGAUCCCAAAAGAAUGCCGUAAAACCGAUAGCCAAUUGAGAGGAAUGCGGUAGGCGCUUGUGUAGAGAGGGGUUGUGGGAAAGCUCCUUGGGACUGAUGGCAGAUCAGGGGCCCUAAAUAGUGUGUGAUGCUGUAAAACCAGUGCAGAGAAAGCCUGGUAUGCUUAAAUUUUUGGGCACAGGUUAUGUAAACCUGGGGUUCCAUGGGAUUUAGUCAUGUUAGCUGCUGUGAGACAUUAAGAUUUCCAGGCUCCAUAGUAAAUUCAAUGUAAAUUUUUGUUUUCUUAAAAUAAUAAAUUUGUUUUUAAUUUUUUUUGAGAUAUUUGAUUUGUAACAGUGAAUACAGACCCCGAGGAAUAAGAGUUGUCAUGCUGUGAGAGGAGAAGGUGGUAGGCCUAAAAGGGUACAGGCACCACAGAGGUUAUGUGCAUUGCAUAAUUUAAAUAUAAGGAAACUUGAGAAUUUGAAAUUUUGUUGUUGGGUUGUACACCCAUAAGAAGAGUAUAGGCAGAAUUUUUAUUGUUAUGAGAUGUCUAAUUUAAUUGAAAAGAAGAAAGUUUAAAGAUGCAAGGUAACAUUAUUAUUGUAAUAAUUGAAAGAGAUUAAGAGGUAGAGAGAAAUAGGCAGUUUUUGUUUGUAAGUACUAAAGUUUACAUAUAGAAAUUUAGUAACUAAGAAUGAAUAAUAAGUUAAGUCUAGUGUAAAAGUUUUUUUUAAGUUUGUUAAGUUAAGAGUCACAAGUAAAUUUUUUUUUAGAGAGAAUGUCUUUGAUAGGAAGUAUUAGAAACUUAUGGGAAUUUUAGGGUAACAUAAAUAAUGUAGGUAAUGAAUAAUAAAUAGAUGGUAGGUCUUAAGUUAGGAUUAACAUUUGAAGCAGAAUUUAAUUAAGAAGAAGGAAAAUAAAUAGGCCUAAUGAAAAGAACAAAAAAGGAUUUUAUGGUAAAGCAUUUUUUUUAAGUAAUAAACAAUGAAUAAUAAUGUUGUUUCAGGGUUAUGUGUACUAAUAAUACCAUUUUUUUUUUAGGACCAAAGAACAGGAAUUAUGUAAUUUAAAUUAACAUGUAUUUUUGAAACUGUUACAGAUUCCUUAAGAUGAGCUGAGCAGCAGUCCAGUUUACAAGAUGACAAGAGUUCGAGAGACAAGAUACAAGAUCACUGAAACAAGAGCCAAGACUGAAGAUUCAAGAGAAGAGAAAGCUGGCAGCCAUGGACUUACAAGUGGAGAUUAAUAAGGUCAUGUAAAGUUUUAUUUUUUUUUAUGGAAGACAGUAACUGGAGUUUUUUUUUGUUAUAAACAUUAUUUACAGAACUUUUUAGGUUAUAGUAAUGUAAUGGAACUAGUGAGUUGUGGUAGCUGUCAAAAAGAACUAAUACCUUAAGUUUAAUUUUUAAAGUUAAUUUUCUUAAUUUACAGAGGGAUUAGUAGUUUUUUUUAAACCUUAUUUAGGUUGGAAUUUAAAUACAAUAGCUUAUUAUAAAUGUGUACGAACAGUUCAAGUUCACAGUACUGAUAGGUAGGUCAGAUGAUCUUAUUGAUUUUGAUGAUUUGUUGUUUUGAGUUGAUUUUUAAGUGUUGUGAAUUAGACAAUGAAAUAGUUCUGAAAACUUAAAUUAUUUCAAGCUAAGAAAUAGUAAAGUUAAUUGUAACUCAAAGGACACCAGAAUUUAAUUUUUUUUUGAAUUAGUAAUGUUUGAAAAUUUUAUACUUUACAAGAAAGGUUAUAAACAAACAGAUCGGAUGGAACAAGGAUGCAGUAAAUCACAAUUUCAUUUAGAAUUAUUGAUUAGCUUUUGAGGUUAUGAAGUAAAAGUAAUUAUAGUUUAAAAGUUUGAAUAAAAAAAAAAUGUUUUUUUUUAUUUGUUUGAAAUAGAAAGUUUAAAAGUUAAUUAGUCAUGAUCUAGGUGGGUGAUGGGGUGGGAAUUGGCCACUCUUUUUCCCUAUAACCUCCCUAACAUGGCCUUCUAUUACAUCUAACAGAAGAAAAAAAAAGAAGAAAAAGAAGACUUAGUAUUAGUUAGAAUGUUUUUUCAUGAAGAUACCUGAUGAACUUUUUUUUUAUUGUUGGGAAGAAUAGUAGCAAGAUUAAUCAGAUGUUUUACUCAGAAGAAGAAGAAGAAGAAGAUAAAGCAGUUUUAUGACUCGACAAGCCAGAGAUUGGUGUUUCCCCUCUGCGCUUCUAUUGACUACGUUGUUUACUCUCAUGGGAUAGCUGGUUCGGCACCAUGGAGAGAGAUUGGUGGGCAUUGUGGUUGCCCCCAGAAGAAAAGAAGAGUAGAAGAGGUUAUGGGUGGGUCAUGUGAACUGACCUUCAACCCAGUUACUUCGUGGGGACUAUUUGCUGUAUAGAGAAGAUCAAGACUCAAGAGUUAGGGAAAAUCAUUGGAGGUCAUGUUUCCCUUCCUUAAGUUUUUCCUAUCAAAUUAUUUGCCUGAUUAGAUUAUGCUAAGGGUGGGAUACUUUAUGUUAGCAGUUGAAUUAAUUAAUUUUAUUUUUUUGUGUGUUUGCAUCCUUGCCCAUCGAUUGCAGUUUAGUAGUUAGUUUUGUAUUUGUCAGGCGUGAUGGUAAUGCCUGUUGAUGAUGUUUCAGAAUUGUAAUCUGUUCGUGAUGAGGAUGGUACAACUCCGAAGCAGAUGUGGGGAGAAGUUGUGAGCUGCCCUGGAAGCCAGUCCAGUAGCUGUUGGAGUUGAGUGGUGUUUGCUGAUGGCCAGCCCAGGGAGCUACUCUUCUCGACAACACUGACUUCGAGGAGUUGCACCAACCUUCACGAGAUAAGAGUUUAAUUAAUUGAAACACUGUAAGGACACUUAAUUUUUUUUGAAGAACGAAAGAAGUAUGGUAAUAAACGGAAACCGAAAAAAAAAAAAUAAUAAUAAUUAUCAAGAAUUUGCACAUUGUUUAACGAAUACUGAGAAACUAAGAACAGUAAUUUAAUUUGUAAAGAGAGCUUCACUAACAGAACAAUUUAUUUUAGAAUUGAGAACUCGAGCCUCUGAAGGUUCCUGUGAGAACAAACCAGAUAAAAGUUUUACAUUUAAUUUUAUGAAUACUUGUUGUUUUAAAAUAAAUCUUAUGCAGAAUCUAGAUGUAUGUUCAGACAGCAAGGAACUAAGAAAAUUAUUAUUUUUGUGAAAUGAGGAAUUUAUAGUUAUGGUUUAAUGGAAAAAGACAAUUUGUAAUUUUGAGGUAGCUCGAUGGGGCUCGAGCUCUGUGAGGGGAGGGUUAUGUCGCGGGUUGAAAUUUAGCAGGGUUGUUGAAAUCAAAUUUAGGGACUUUACUGACGGGACUCUGGGCUGGCUGCUCUGUUCACUCGUCAGCGCAAGUGGCGUGACCAUGUAAUUGGGGCACGGGGCCGGCGCGGCGCGCUGCGGGCUUGCAGAAUUUUGUUUGUUUGUUUGGCCGCGCGCUGGCGCAGCCACGGGCCGCAGUUACUGGGGCGCGCUGUCGUAACAAGCCGCGCGGUGUGGCCUGCACAUUGGGGUAGAGGGGGGGUAGUCUUCCCAGAUGUUCUAGUUAGUUGUUUAGUAAAUUUGACUUCAAUAACGAGCUUUUGUUAUGGUAGGCGCGGCAGGGCGCGCGAAUUUAAGCGCAAGUGAGUGGUGACUCGGGGCUCACUCAGGCGGAGGCUAUGCGUCUCACCUGUGGUCACGAGUUGUUAGUUCGUUCGUGAUGUAGGAAUUCAAGCUUUCGGGCGGAAGCUAUGGUCGACGCCAGAGGCCACGAGUCGUUUAAUUUAAGUUAGGUCAUAAUGUAGUCGUCAAGCUUUCGGGCGGAGGCUAUGGCCCUCGUCAGGGGUCACGCGUCAUAGUUUUUAAAAUGUAAUGUUCGUUCGGGAUUUCAAGGGCAGGAGAGGCCCCUACGUUAUUUUUUUAAAGUAAUCGAUCAAGAAAGGCUUUUCGGAAAAUGUGAGUAUGGACUUAUCUUUGUUUUAAUUUUAAGUAUUAAUUAUGAUUUGAGGUAUUCGGAAGGACUAGGGAAGUGUUUAGUGAAGUUCUCUCAUUCUCUCUCUUGUAAGGUCGUUCAAUCGUUAAGGAAGUAAAGAGAUUAUUGUUUUAAAUUGUAAUCCCGCUAUUUAAAUGUUCUUUAAAAUGAUGUUGAGUAUUUGACUUUAAGAAUAAAAUAAUUUUAAUUAAGUAUUAUGUUAUUUUGCAAAAUCUCCUUAGUUCAGCUCUCACCAGACAUCCUGUACGGGAUGACGAACCUAUGAUCCUAGGUACAGUAAAGUAUUUUAUGAAGUUAAGACUAGUUGAUGCCAAGCGAGUUGUUUCUAUGUAAAGAGCUACGAUUCUCUCCCCCCUCCGAAAGUGGCACGUGACAGAAAUGGCGGUGGCACCGGCUAGGUGCACGUGACAAUAUUACGAGUGUAUAAUGUGUGAGAAAACUGUGACUGUAACAACAGAAGAAGAUACGAGAAAAGAAGAAGUCAACGACGCUUUCGUGUGGGGUGCAUUGUCAGUUGGAAUUGGCCAUUAUCAAAGUCAAGAGAUGAUGGCCAUCUUGGACGUUCCCAUCAUGGAUAAGCGAAAAUGGCAAAGACAUGAAAUUCGUAUUGAAGAGGUCUGGGAAGAAAAACUGGAGACAUACAUGCAAAAAAAUGGAACAGUAGAGAGAAAGAAGGCCUUGGAAAGAGGCCACGUAGACAACGAUGGCGUUCCGUACAUCUCUGUUUAUGUAGACGGUGCAUGGUGUAAGCGAACAUACGGACAUGCUUUCAACGCAGCAUCAGGGGUUGUAAGUAUUUUUAAGAAGUACUGCACCUAAUGUUAGCACUAAUUUGGCUCCAGGAUUUGAGUGGAUGGGAAUGUUGCCGAACACAACUCUAGAUCGUACAAUUAUUUUGUAAAUUCUUCGUUUUGAUUUAUUUCAAAAUAUUUCAUACAUACCAUUUUACAAAAUAUGUCUACGUAUUUUUUUUGAGUUAUUUUAAUUCAAGUUAUAUUUUUGGAAUCACUUUAUCCUGACAUAAAACUAGAAAAUUGUGAGCUUUUGUAGUAAUUAAAGACAUAAGCCGAAGACAAGGAGUUAAAUACAUAGACUUCAUACAAUUAACUUUAUUUGAUUUUACAUGGGUUCAGGAAUGUUUAGUAAGUAAUUUUGUGACGUGAUAUAAUUGCUUUUGAAAUUUUCUUCAAGUGGAUCAUUGGAAAUCACCUGUAGGUAUAGACAUUGCAAGUAGAAAAUUGCAGUAUAUAAAUAUGUACAGGUUAAUAAAAGUGUUUUUAUUUAACAGUCGAAACUAAACUAUCUUCUGUGCUUUAGUACGCGUGCGUGAUAAAUAUAGAGAUUCUUCAUUCAACAGUUUUCGUGUGGUAUAGUUGCAAUAUCUAAAAAUUUAUUGUAGAAUCAUUAUAGGGCUAUGUGUAAUCGAGAAGGUUUAUGUUAUUUACAACGGUGCUCAAUUACUUCAAAAUUCAUGACAAAAAGCCCAUUAGUUUUAAAAUGUAAUUAAAUAUGCAACAAACGCUUGAAAUGUAGUUACAUAUGCAACAAAAGUGUGCUAUUCACCCAUAGUGUCCAAAGCACAUAACAUGGCAUGCAUAAUCGGAGUUGAAACCAAUGGAUUGCUAUUCAUUGGAAUAAAAAAUAAAUAUUGCUACGUAUGUAAUCAGACUAAACCAGGAGAAGAAAGUAAACAACAUUUGUGUUAUAAGAACUUCUCUGGUGCUUCUACUGCGAUGGAACAGGAAAUUUUAGUGCAAGGAUUUUGUGAGAGUGAAAAUAUGCAUGGGUUACGAUAUAAAUUCAUAGUAGGAGGUGGUGAUUCAAGUACCUACGUAAAAAUUCAACAAAACGUAAGCUACGGGAGGCAUGUUGUGAAAAUGGAAUGUGCAAAUCACGCUGUAAAAAACUACACAGGAAAACUGCAUAAAAUUGCAAAGGAUACAGUUCAUCCUAUAUCGGGACGAAAGUGUCUGUCUCAAUUAAUUCCACGCCUUACACGAGCAGCGAGAUCAGCAAUUUCAAGUGCUGGUCGCAGCAACAGCAACAGUGAAAUACUUCGUGCAGAUCUCAGAAAUGGACCUCACCACGUGUUUGGGGACCACAGUAACUGUCGCGAUACUUACUGUAGCCGUAAGGAUUACAAUGAGGAAGAUAAAGUGGCCUUGCUAUUGCCAACUACUUUAUGGCCGGCUCUUCAGAUGGCACUAGAUCCAUUGGUACAAAAAGCUGAUAGAUUAGUUGGAAACUACACCACAAAUCAAGCAGAACGCUUCAUGAGCCUUGUAUCAAAGUUCUCUGGUGGUAAACGUACAGACGUAGGCAAGAAGGGACGUUACAAACGGUGUUGCUUGGCGUCAGGCUUGUCUCACGUUAAAGGGCCACAUUGGCAUGCUUCACCACUAAAAAAAAUGUUUGGUCGAAGCCCAGGAGCUAUAUGUAAAAAAGUGUUCAAUACACGAGCUAGAGCUUCAGAAAGGGGCAUAAAGAGAAAAUCAGCACGUCAGAGUUUAUUUAAAGACGAGCCUCCCAGAAAACAAAAACGUCUAUCUGCCGGAGCAGAUUGUAACUAUGGUCCUCAGGCAGCUCAACCUGACAUAGAACCAGGAGAAAUGGAGAGUAGGAAAAGAGCUGUUCUUGAUAGGCUUGAAAACGAAGCAGGUACUCCUGAACUGUGCUCCGUAUUGGAGAAAAAAACGGUGGGUCAACAUGGCAACAUCGCGUGGAGAGAAGCGAGGCUUGAUCGUCUCACUGCAUCACUUUUUAUGAAAGUGUGUAAAAUGCGUGAUGACACAUCGUGUCAUAACAACGUUGUAGCUGUUGUAAAUCCCCGGGAAAUUAACACGGAUGCUGUGAAAUAUGGAAGGAUUAAUGAGCCAACUGCCAUUAAAAUUUACGAAAGUAAGUUUGGUGACAGAGUAGCGCCAUGCGGGCUGUUUGUUGAUCCUGAGCACCCAUAUCUUGGAGCUAGCCCUGAUGGUAUUAUAAGUUCAGAUAGAAUUAUUGAAAUAAAAUGUCUUCCUUCUCUUAACCAGCUUAAACUAAAAAAUCCCUCAGUAACCACUAUCCGGGAUGCAUGUAAGAUCAAAAAGAUGGCAGUACACUUAAACAGCAAAGGCGAAAUCAUUUUGGACAAGAAAAGUUCGUAUUACUAUCAGCUGCAGGGGCAACUCAACAUUUGUAGAGUAAGGUACGCUACUCUUGUUUUGUUUUGUGAUUUCGACACAGAAUUUAUUUCUGUGGAACGAGAUGUAAAUUUUUGGUCAAACGAAAUGCUUCCGAAGCUAAAAAGGUUUUAUCUUGAAUGCGUACUGCCUGAAAUAGCUGAUCCCAGGCACAGCCGUGGUCUGAGGUGCAGAGAUCCAGAUUACAUCAGAGAAGCACAAGAAAGAAAGAAAAUUACCAAGGGAAAAAAUUCAGCAUCAACUAGAGAUUGCAAUACGACGUUGCUGCCAGGGACCGGAAAGUUACUUUUAAAAAGUAACUCAGUUACAGUUACAAAUACUCCAUUGGAAAUGUAACCCUGUUACAACUACAAGUUACACUACUGAAAAUAAACCAGUUACAGUUACAGUUCUGAGAAAAGUAACUGUAAGUUACUUUAACAGUUACUUUGUGAAAAACUAAAAAUGUGAUACGUAAUAUUGUUAUAAUUAAAAGCUAAUAAAACAUAUUGUGUUUAGUAAA